AUUUAAUUAUAUCCGGCCGACGCUUCUCCCGCUCUGAAGACUGCGCGCGAACGACGUUCAGAGGUUGCUCUAAGAUCGUGUUUCGCGUGAUUCUUCCAUCGACCCUUCAGCAUAGAGUUCGAACGCUGACAAGACGUCCGUUUGCGCGACGCCGAGCGUUCACCGGCGACCACGCGGCGGAUUUGCGGUUCUCCAAGUGUUUCUUCACGAAGAUUCGCUUCUAGCCAGGAAACCUUUUGGUUUGACUGCCAAACUCAAUUUCAGGGAGAUGGGGGGAGAAAAUGACAUGAAAACGUGGAUUUCUGAUCAGUUAAUGUCACUGCUUGGUUUCUCUCAGCCAACGAUUGUACAGUAUAUGAUUGGACUAUCCAAACAAGCAGCAUCACCUGCCGAUGUAGUGAGCAAGUUGGUGGUGGAUUUUGGCUUGCCAUCUUCCAAUGAAACAUUGGCUUUUGCUGAAGGAAUUUUCUCUAGAGUGCCACGCAAGAAAUCAACUGGUCUAAAUCUUUAUCAGAAGCAAGAGAGAGAAGCUGCAAUUUUAGCAAGAAAUCAAAAAAAAUAUACACUACUCGAUGCUGACGACGAAGAAGUUCUUGAAGAUAAAGGAGGCAGUGGUGAUCCCCGAGAAACAGAAAAUCGCAAAAAACGCUUUAGAAAGAAAAACGAAUAUCAAGAAGAUGAAGAUGAUGAGGAAGAAAGUGCUCUUGAAAGAGAAAAUAGGCAGGUUAAAAGACGAACUUCCAGUUCUGAAGAUGAUGGCUCUGAGUCGGAGGAAGAGCGACAGCGUGAUCAAAGAGAGAGGGAGCAGUUAGAGCGAAAUAUAAGAGAACGUGAUGCUGCUGGAACCAAAAAGUUAACAGAACAGAAAUUGAGCAGGAAGGAGGAAGAAGAGGCAAUUCGGAGAUCCAAAGCUUUGGAGAAUGAUGGAACUGAUACUUUGAGGAAAGUUUCAAGACAGGAGUACUUAAAGAAAAGGGAGGAGAAGAAACUGGAAGAAAUCAGAGAUGAUAUAGAAGACGAGCAAUAUCUUUUUGACGGUGUGAAGCUUACUGAAGUAGAAUAUCGGGAACUAAGGUAUAAGAAAGAAAUAUAUGAGCUUGUGAAGAAGCGGACAGACGAGGCUGAUGAAAUCAAUGAGUACAGGAUGCCUGAAGCUUAUGAUCAGGAAGGAGGUGUUAAUCAGGAUAAGAGGUUUGCAGUGGCAAUGCAGCGGUAUAGGGAUUCAGGUGCUGCAGAUAAAAUGAACCCAUUUGCAGAACAAGAGGCAUGGGAGGACCACCAAAUAGGGAAAGCAUCAAUGAAAUUUGGUUCCAAAAAUAAGAAGCAAGCCGAUGAUUAUCAGUUUGUAUUUGAGGAUCAGAUUGAGUUUAUUAAGGCUUCAGUUAUGGAAGGUGAUGAGUUUGUUGAUGAACAUCAGAUUGAAUCACUUGAAAAGUCCAAGGCGAAGUCAGCUCUGGAGAAGCUGCAGGAAGAGAGAAAAACAUUGCCAAUUUAUCCAUAUCGUGAUCAGUUACUCCAAGCUGUAAAUGAUUAUCAGGUUCUUGUAAUUGUCGGUGAAACUGGUUCGGGAAAAACCACACAGAUACCUCAAUAUCUUCAUGAAGCUGGGUACACAAAGCGAGGAAAAGUUGGAUGCACACAACCGCGUCGAGUUGCAGCUAUGAGCAUUGCUGCCCGAGUAUCUCAAGAACUGGGUGUCAAGCUUGGCCAUGAGGUUGGUUAUUCAAUACGUUUUGAGGAUUGCACGUCAGAUAAGACUAUUUUGAAGUACAUGACAGAUGGGAUGUUGUUACGAGAAUUCCUUGGCGAACCUGACCUUGCAAGCUACAGUGUUAUAAUGGUGGACGAGGCUCAUGAAAGAACAUUAUCAACUGAUGUUCUGUUUGGGUUAGUGAAGGAUAUUGCGAGGUUUCGACCUGAUUUGAAAUUGCUAAUUUCAAGUGCAACACUUGAUGCGGAGAAGUUCAGUGAUUACUUUGAUUCAGCUCCAAUAUUUAAAAUUCCUGGUAGACGAUAUCCUGUAGAAAUUAACUUCACAAAAGCUCCAGAAGCGGACUAUUUAGAUGCAGCAAUUGUGACUGCGCUUCAGAUUCAUGUCACAAAGCCUCCAGGAGAUAUAUUGGUGUUUCUCACUGGUCAAGAAGAGAUUGAAGCGGCUGAGGAAAUAAUGAAACAUAGAACUCGAGGACUAGGCACAAAAAUUGCCGAACUCAUUAUCUGCCCCAUAUAUGCCAACUUACCAACAGAGCUACAGGCUAAGAUAUUUGAACCCACACCCAUAGGAGCAAGGAAAGUUGUCCUGGCAACUAAUAUAGCAGAGACAUCAUUAACGAUUGAUGGAAUAAAAUAUGUUAUUGAUCCUGGCUUUUCAAAAAUAAAAUCCUAUAAUCCAAGGACUGGGAUGGAGUCGUUGCAAGUGAGUCCCAUUUCUAAAGCAUCAGCAAACCAAAGAGCAGGCCGUUCUGGACGAACAGGCCCUGGAAUGUGCUUUCGUUUGUAUACUGCUUAUAGUUAUUAUAAUGAGAUGGAAGACAAUACAGUACCAGAAAUUCAAAGAACAAACCUUGCUAAUGUUGUGCUUACACUUAAGAGCCUUGGUAUUCAUGACUUGGUAAAUUUUGAUUUUAUGGACCAACCUCCAUCUGAAGCAUUGUUAAAAGCUUUGGAACUUCUCUAUGCACUUGGUGCUUUAAAUAAACUGGGCGAACUGACUAAGAUGGGCAGGCGGAUGGCUGAGUUUCCUCUUGAUCCCAUGCUUUCCAAGAUGAUGGUUGCUUCUGAGAAGCACAAGUGUUCAGAUGAGAUUAUUUCUAUUGCAGCUAUGCUCUCUAUUGGAAAUUCUAUCUUUUAUCGCCCGAAGGAUAAACAAGUUCAUGCUGACAAUGCUCGAAUGAAUUUUCACACUGGGAAUGUGGGGGAUCACAUUGCAUUGCUGAAGGUCUACAACUCUUGGAGGGAAACAAAUUACUCUACGCAAUGGUGCUAUGAGAACUACAUCCAGGUUAGAAGUAUGAAACGUGCUAGAGAUAUCAGAGAUCAACUUGAAGGGCUAUUAGAAAGGGUUGAAAUCGAACUGACUUCAAACUUGAAUGACUUGGAUGCAAUAAAGAAGACCAUAAUAUCUGGUUUUUUCCCUCACUCUGCAAAGUUACAAAAGAAUGGCUCGUACCGGACCAUUAAGCAUCCACAGACAGUUCAUAUACAUCCAAGCUCAGGGUUGGCUCAGGUUCUUCCCAGAUGGGCUGUGUACCAUGAAUUAGUAUGUACCUCAAAGGAAUACAUGAGACAGGUAACGGAAUUGAAGCCCGAAUGGUUGGUUGAAAUUGCUCCACAUUUCUAUCAGCUUAAAGAUGUCGAAGAUUUGAGUCAAAAGAAGAUGCCUCGCGGACAAGGUCGACCUGCAGAGAACUAAACUGUUCGAUGGUUCCAACCCCACAAGGCAGAGACAUCACAAGUAAGAAAUUGUGCAUGAAAGAUAGAGCUUAGACAAUCUUUCAAGGGUUUCUUAUGGGAGAUUUGGUAGAUAAACUCAUCACCUUCUGGUCUGAACUCGGCCGACUAUUAGUUAGCCAACCUUAUACCAUAUUUGUCAAGUAUCGGAUCGGAUGUGUUCUUAGCUAGAAUUUUGACACAACUUUGUGACUUACUUGGUUCAGAGGCUCUAUAGAAAAUGUAUUUGAAGAUGAGUUAAUUUUGUAGUGGCAUUGCUAACUGUAAUCGCUAAUGUAUGUAGAAUAUGUAGUUGAAGAUGAGUUGGUUUUGUAGUUGCUCUGCUAACAACUGAAAUUGUUAAUGUACAUAUUGUCAUAGACUUAUGUCUUCUUUAUAUCUUAGCUUGGUAACUUA